AUGGGGAGUCCUAUAACUAGAGCAGGUCGCUGGGUCAUUCUUGCGGCCUUCGUCUUUGUGCUGCAUGGCUCAUUUACAGCCUUUGGGACUUUGCGCGAUGAACGCGCCAGUGAAGUGCUUCAUGCUUCGCAUCGUCCCACACUCGAAUUCGCUUCUCAUGAGGCUUCUCCUGCCAGCUCAGGGGUGGGCAAAGAAUCCCUCCGGGUGGGUCGGCCGGUGCUUCUUGAUGGUGGCGCUAGUGACGGUGCGUUCAUACAGCAGAAGUCUGCGUCCUCGGCCUCCCCAAAAGCUGAUGACGCAACAUCUUUCCUGCGUGAUCCCGCUGGCCCUACAGGGCCCCGUCUUUCUGUAGAAUCUACUGCCUCCGCUCAAUCGGCUGCAGAGGUCACCAAUAGCGUAAUGGCCGGCCAGACCCUGCACUCAGGAGAGAGAGUUCAGAUAGUCAGUCGCCACAUAGUAGCGGACGUUGGACCUGCUGAAGCCAAUGAAGCAUCUGCAUUUCUUGCCGGCGAAGCCGAUUCCAGCAACUCAAAAUCGGUGUCCACUGUGUGGAGCUGGAAUCCCUCGGGGUCGACCGAGUCCCCAGAGUCAGAAGACCUUAAGCAUUCUGGUCCGCCAAAAGACUUUGAGGAACUUCCGCUCCUUGAUAAACACGCUGAGGAACAGACGAGAGCAGAAGAGGCCGCUCAAGGUAGUGUGGCAGAGGCUGCUGAAGAGCUCUCAACCGCCUCGGAGUCCGAAGCAACUGGUCAGGAGCAGAGUGGAGCUGCUGGUACCAGUAUUUCGACAGUUUCUGCCUUAGGAUCGUCACAUGAAGGGUCGUCCGGCGUCAACGAUAGCGGAGAAAGUCGGUAUAUUAGAGGUUACCCGGAGUACUUUUAUAGGAAACUCCGUAGUUCGCUUGGCUAUAGACACCCCACGAAUCCUGAGCAUAGAUCAGCGACAUAUCCAAGACACAGGUAUUUUGGAAGCAGAUACGUUGGCACGCCUUUGGAUGAUGGCGAUGGCAGCAGCUAUACGCCUUCAGGGAAUAACACUAUGCGUGGUGUGGAUGGGGGCUCUAUGAGUUCAGGUAAUCCAUCUGGAAGCAGACCGGCUAGAAGCAGGUUCUACACAACACCAGAGGAAGGCUCUGUGUCGGACCAAGUGGAAACUCCACCCGUUAACCCAUAUGGCAGGGGCUGGCUCCCUUCAGACGUAGUGGAUAUUUACACAGGGACUCUGCUUGGUAAUCCUCAAGCGCGAACAGUUAGCGAAAAGAAAUCUCAGUGCAUACACACCGUUGGGGGCGUAACAGUGGACGCCACGUAUUUGGAUUAUUCGUGCACCGGUGUCAUUAAUCUGGCAUACAGCGAGAAGGCUUCUAAGUUUUUAACACGACGGCUUCAGUUACAGAACACGACCAACGAGCCAUUGACAGUCGUUAUCAAGACGGUCAACGCAAAAGUGCCACUGCAGCAGUGCAAUCAUGGUCCUUACUCUGUUCUGCAGCAAAGGGGGGGGCCCGCUUCUUUCCUUCAGGGGGCUUCCAAGGAGGAGGGAGCUGCCGCAGCAAAAGUAUAUAUUGAAGAUAUUCUUCAUGAGAUACAGAGACACAACCGCAAGGAACCGGACGCCCCAAUCGAUCUGGUGGUUUCUUUCGCUAGCCCCCUGGACAGCCCGCAGACAGCUGCUGGUGGUACUAGCUUUAUGCAAACAAAGGAAGGCGCAGAGAGCAUCAAGCACUUAUGCGAUGAGCUGCUAUCGGUUCUGGAAGAUGGGACGAACUACAUGUGCGAGAUCCUAUGGGCCGUGGAUAUGAUCAUUCUUCAGUUACCCCCACACGCAGAUUUCUCCGAGGGUAGUGGGGUGCACAGGAUGCUCAAUAGGCUGUUGGAGCUGCAUGGUGACCGCAUUGUUUUCUGGGAGCUUUCGAAAUCUAUGUCGCUGCAAAUGGUACCGGUCGAUCAAGACCUUCCAGAGCCGCCUUUACCUCCCUUCCAAAGGCCCAUAUUUUUGCAGGCCAAGGAGGCACUUCAGGAGCAAUGUUCUGCUAAGGCAACGGCCCGUGCGCAUCUUCUGAGCGGCGAUUCCCCUGUGUCUUCGCGUAUACCGGGGGACCCGGAUCUUGAAGACAAACUCUGGGGGAUAUAUGCGGCCAGAUGCGUGCAUGCGUGGAUGCACGGCGAGAAGGGCUCGAAGGACGUAGUUGUGGCAGUUGUGGACUCUGGAAUAUCAAGGCAUCUGGACCUGGAUGCUAACGCGUGGCAUAACCGGGGGGAAGUGGUUGACGGCAAGGACAAUGAUGGAAACGGCUUCGUUGACGACGUCAAUGGAUGGAAUUUCGCCACAGACUCGAAUCAUAUAUUAGACGCCAACGGACACGGGACGCAUGUUGCAGGAACUAUUGGAGGAGUCGCCAACGAAGAGGCAAUUGUAGGAUGCUCUCCGCACGUCUCGCUAAUGAAUGUACAGCAGUUCGACGCUAGUGGAAAGGGGAGCCUCGGCAGCGGGGUGCGGGGCAUUUCGUACGCUCUCUUGGGCGGUGCGCACGUCGUCAACAAUAGUUGGGGCUCUACGGAGACCUCAGCAUCUUUGGAGCUCAUUAUUCAGAGGGCUAUGUGCAUGCGAAAAGGUUUGGGCAGCUUAAUUGUUAAUGCUGCCGGCAACAGUAGCAGCAACAACGACUUACUUCCUUACUUUCCCGCUGGCAUCGACUACAAGCAUACUAUUUCUGUCGGUGCCUACAACUCGGAUGGAGACCUCUCCCCUUUUAGCAAUUACGGAAAGAAAUCAGUGACGCUCCUGGCUCCAGGAGAACGGGUUUACUCGACGUAUCUUAACCAGGACUAUGAAUACCUCUCAGGGACUUCCAUGGCUGCGCCACAUGUAUCUGGAGUUGCAGCUCUGGUUUAUGGAGUAUUUGCAAAAGCAAACUCAGAGGUCACUGCGGCUGAAGUUAAAGAUAUCAUUUUAGCUACACUGCAACAACUGGAAGCUGCAAAAGAAACCACUCAGUAUGGUGGCGCUCCCGAUGCGAUGGCCGCAGUUUUGAUGGCACGUAUGGGAGGCAUGUGGUGCCAGAUGAAAUGUACCGAUAUGAUAGUCGAUCUGGAUGCUGGCGAAAAGUACGCGCCGAGCGUAUACAUCCGUGGAUAUGCAGAAGGCAUGUAUACGGCUGAUAUCCAGGUUGAGGUAUACAAAUCGGGACAGCUACAGGCAUCAACAAGAAUCCCGUUAUCCUUGAAUAGCAGCACAAGUCCACAGGAAAAUAGCCCCACAGACGGAGUUGCAGCCACUGCUUUUAGCAGCGAUGCUAAGGAGAGGGACCACUCCAAUCCUUUAUGUGAUGUGCAGUUGAAAUACACUGGCACUUUAGGGGGUACGGAAUGGAGCGCAAUGGCAAUAGCCGCAGUUACUCUAGGCGCUAUUACGGUGCUAUUGUUGAAAGCUCCAAAGAAAGUUGUCAAGGUUUUGGAAGAUGACAAAGAAGACACCAGUAUUGGUUUGUUGAGGGAGAAGUCAAUUCCCCGCGUAGAGAGCGAUAUGUUCGCAGUGGACAGUCCUCCGGGUGGUGAACUAGACUCACAACAUGCCGAGGCUUUAGAGUAA